UGUAAACAUAGUGAGACUUUUGAAACAUUGAAAUGCGGGGGAAACGCGGAUUUCAGACAGCUAAAGCGAUCCAGCGUUACAUCAAGGUUUUUUGGCCCACAGAAGACGAUGGAAAGCUGCCUCACCAAGACACCAGACGCCGGAUCAUCUAUAUUUGCAAUCGCAGACGCAAGACAUGUGUUCAGGUUUUGAAUAUAAUGUCUCCAGUAUGGAUAUGUUUGACGAUUGUUACCAUGGAAACGAACUCACAGACCAACAUGUAUGUCAAAACAGGUUUUGAACAUGAUGUCUCCAGCAAGGAUAUGUUUGAUGAUGGUUACCAUGGGAACGAACUCACAGACCUAUGUUUUGAACAUGAUGUCUCCAGCAAGGAUAUGGUUGAUAACGGUUACCAUGGAAACGAACUCACGGACCUAUGUCAAAAAUGUCUUUUUCUGAUAAAAUAAAUAUAAUGCUAUCCAUUUCA